GGCGGCGCCCCGCUAUGGCCCUGGGUGCCGGCAGAAGCGGCGGCGGGAGACAGCGGCGAACGGCGUGAGCGCGCCGGGGGCCGGCCGCGCUGCAUGGGGGCGGGGGCCCGGUCGCCAUGGAGGGCGUGCUGUACAAGUGGACCAACUACCUGAGCGGCUGGCAGCCUCGUUGGUUUCUUCUCUGUGGUGGUAUCUUGUCCUACUAUGAUUCUCAGGAAGAUGCCUGGAAGGGUUGCAAAGGAAGCAUCCAAAUGGCUGUGUGUGAAAUUCAAGUUCAUCCUGCAGAUAACACACGAAUGGACCUGAUCAUCCCAGGGGAACAGUACUUCUAUCUGAAAGCAAGAAAUGCAGUUGAGAGGCAAAAGUGGCUGGUUGCGCUAGGAACUGCCAAAGCCUGUCUGACAGACAGCAGGACACAAAAGGAAAAAGAGUUCACUGAAAACACAGAAGCCUUGAAGACUAAAAUGUCUGAACUUAGACUAUACUGUAACCUUCUUGUUCAGCAAGUGCAUAAAACUAAGGAAGCCAGCAUUUCUGCUGUAUCAGAACCAGAGAGUGGGAUUGAUGUGGGAGCUCUGUUGAAAUCAACAUGUGACACCUUCCUGAAGACUCUUGAAGAAUGUAUGCAGAUUGCAAAUACUGCCUUUACUUCUGAGUUAUUACAUCAGACCCCUCCAGGAUCCCCACAUUUAGCAGUUCUCAGAACAAACAGGAUAAAACACUCAGUCUUGUCCAGUCACACCUCAACAGAAAGACAGAUGGAAUUGAACCCCUGUGAAAACGGCUCUGUGAAAGCAGAAAUUAACCAGCAAGAGCAAACCUUUAUAAAAAGUCUAGCGUGUUUAAACUUGGAAACAAAUGAGGGGAGCAGUGUUGUUUCUGUUGAGGAUCAUAUUGCAGAAGAUUCGGCAGGCCUGAAGGAAGAUGGAGAGAACAAGCUGCAAGCUGUAGAAAGCCUUGAUGCCCAGAAGUUGCUGCAAUCAGAAACAAAUUCUUUAAGUGGAUUGACUCUGUGUGAGGAAAAUGAGAAUGAAAACGGGUUUCCUACUUUCUUCAGUGUCAUGAGCAAUAGGUUCAGUGAUAUUGAACUUCAGGAGGAAGAGGGCAUACCGACAGAAGAGUUUCUGGAGUCAUGUUAUGCAAUUGUGCCCGUUCUGGACAAGUUGGGACCAACUGUUUUUGCUCCUGUUAAAAUGGAUUUUGUAGGUAACAUCAAGAAAAUAAAUCAGAAAUUUAUAACCAACAAAGAGGAGUUUGAUACCCUGCAGAAGAUAGUACUGCAUGAAGUCAGUGCAGGUGUAGCUCAAGUUAGAAAUUCUGCUACAGAGGCACUCCUAUGGCUGAAAAGAGGCUUAAAGUUCUUGAAAGGGUUUUUGACAGAAGUGAAGAAUGGAGAAAAGAAUAUCCAAACAGCUCUGAACAAUGCUUAUGGAAAGACAUUACGGCAGCACCAUGGUUGGGUUGUCCGUGGGGUGUUUGCGUUAGCUUUAAGGGCAGCUCCAACGUACGAAGACUUCGUAGCAGCUCUGUCUGUAGAAGACUGUGAUCCUCAGGAGGAAACAUUUUACAAAGCAAUGCAGAGGGACCUCAACAUUUACUUACCAGCCAUGGAAAAGCAGCUAAAUAUCUUGGACACUCUCUAUGAAGUACAUGGUUUGGAGUCAGAUGAGGUGGUAUGACUACAGUAAGACAGCAUCUUAAAACUUCAGGGACUGUGUCUGUUAACAAAGAUUUUUUUGAAUAUCUUUUCUGUUCACUGUAGCUUUUCAGGUGGGAGAGGUGUGAGUGUUUGGGGGGAAGGGUAUGUAUGUUUUUUAUUUCUUGUUGUGCUUGUUUUGUGUUUAAAUGCAGAGGUACAGUUUCUUUUUGGGCUAUAACUAUGUCUGUAAUGAAUGUUUUGGACUGUUCCUCACUUGCCUCACUCCCUGUCCCCUUCACCUUGUAAAAGUAAUGGAGCAGAAUUUGCCCUUUGCUUCCACACUUUGUGUGGGAGCUGCGCAUGCAGCAGAGCUGUCAUGAUAUCCACAUGGAACCAAGCAGGCACUGCUGGCUCGGACUCUCUCCUGCCCUGUUCUGCCCACUCUAGUGAACCUUAUUGUAGCAGAAGAGAGGGUGGUUAAAUGCCAGCUUAACAGGUAUGCAGUGAGUUUUUACCUUAUUUUGGGUUGAAUCUUUUUUUUAAUUGUUUUUUUUGUUUUGUUAUGUUUGGGGUUUUUUUGUUGCUUUUUUUUUGGUUUGUUUUGUUAGUGCAGCAUCUCUAAAAGUGUUAGAGAUCUUCACCAUGAGCACAUGUAGCUGGUGAUCUGAGCUUCCACAGGGAACCAGUAUAGGAAACUAGCCAUUGUGUUCUGUCCCAGCUACUUGUUUGUACCACAUUUUCCCUUCUGGCUCCUGACAGUGAGCCAAAUCUAAAGGAAAUUUUCCUUAGUGCCCUCCACAGCAAGAUGCUCCUGCCCGUAUUGCUUGAGAUGAGCGUGCUGCAACAUAUAUUGUGGUGCAGGAAGGAAAAGUGUGUGCAUGACAAGAGAAGGGAAGGCUGUGAGCAUGGAGUGCCAUUCUGUCUGCACUGGUACCACUAUUGUUCCCUCUGCCCUAUAUUAUUGAAAGUGAGCAUGAAAUAGCAAAGCCUAGGGGAAGCUAGAAUUUAUCACCAAGUUGUUGUACAUUAUGCCAUUUGCAGACUUUAAAAUCUAAAAUUAUGCAGAAGUGGCUAGGAAGUAAGAAGGUAAAAUUUGCACUUUUCUUCCUUUACAGAUAAAAAAGUGCACCUAGUUGCUGUUAGAAGUGAUAAAGAAAUCCUUCUAGAUAGUUUGUUAUACAUAAAUGAGUAAGGACAAAAUUCUUGCUUGUGUUGAAGAUUAGAACACUGAGUUACUUACUGCCAAUUCAAGGUAUAAGUGGGUUUCUCAGUAGUGACAAAGGGCUUUGGAUGGCUUUGGAUAGUUUUGUCCAAAAAGCUGAGUGUAACUCAUGGGCAAAUAACACUAAUGCUCAUGAGGUUCCUAAACUUUGGUAAAUCCUCGUACAAUUUGUCAUCACCUUACUCACAGGAUAAAUACUGGCUUUUGCUAGGCUAAAAAGCACAUUCUGACUAAAAUGAAUGUACUGCAGGCCUGCUGCAUCAUUCUGAGAAAGCAGUCUCUGCAUACGUAAUACUUGAUCUUUUCUCAGGAGCCUAGCACUGGAGGCUUUAAGAAAAGUAUAUGGUGAGUGAAGAAAACACCAAAUGACACAUUUGAUGAGUAAAGCAAGAUACUAGAACUGUAAAUGGGCAUUUAAGUAGUAUGACUUUCUUGUUCCUGUCAUCUUUUCUGAACUGUGACUAUCUAUACUCCCUACGUGCACCAGGAUAGAAUCAGAAGGAUAUAGGGUCUUUAGUUCUUGGAGUUUUCUUGUUUGUUUGAAUAUGAAGUCAAAACUUUUGACCAAAGCUCAAUUCAAUUAUUUCAGUACUUGCAGUGCUAAAAAUGAAGCAGAGAGCCUUUGAGAUAUGACUGUCUGCUUCUUCAAAGUGUGAAUGCAAAAAAAAACAAAAACAAACAAACAAACAAAACCAGCAGAACAACCAGCUCUCCAUCCCCUGUGGUUUCCUCAAUCUUUUCCACUAUUAUGUGGGAAACUUUUCUGUAACAGGUCUUAAUGCUGUGAUUAGGUAAUGGAGACCACAUUGCCACAGAAUAGCAGGAGUGUGUGGGGAGGGCAGGAAGAGAUCAGUCUUCUCUAAAAAUUGAUAGUGAAAUCAUGAUGAAAAUUGACUUCUCUUUUUUUAACCGUAAGCUUUUUCAGUAGCAGCAAAACAGAUCUAGCACUUAAAGGCUUGGGCAUUUUUUGCUUUUGUUUCAUUUGUUCUGUUUUGUUUUUUCAGCUAGUGAGAGAACCGCUGGCUUGUUAGUAGCUUGCCAAGCCAAGUAUUUGAUACUAGAAGUAAAGAAGGUUUAUUUCUUAAGCAAGGAACUGAACAGCUUCACUGGGCCACUAGCUUCAGCAAUUACCAACUUUUACAGUUCUUCUUUCUUCCAACAAAUAGGAAGUGAUCUGCAGUGCAUAUUGUGUAAUUAGCAUGGCAUCCACCCUCAGAGCAGGCUUUCUUGUCUUGCUCUUCUGUGUAAAGUUGGUCUUUCUAAACUGUGGAAUUGAUGCUUGGGAACAUUCUGUGAAGAUGGUGGUUUCAGGAGAUGCCAGUGUCCGAGUUGUUAAAUAGGGGACUUUUAGAGAUGGAAUUGAGCAAGGUCACCUUGCUUUCAAAACCUGUGCUGCUUCUUGCACUGUUCUUGCAGGAUGUUGAGUGCUUUUAAGACUUAAGGAUGCUAUCUUUUCAAACUACCACUGAGAAAUGCUGCAGCAUGUUGCACAGCUGAACUCCAAGUUAUACCUCUAAGGAUGCAGUAGACCAGAUCAUUACACAUAAACAAAUACACAGCUAGAUGACAAUUUCUUUUCUGGCAAGCAUAGAAGAUGGUUCUUAGCAAUUGUAGAAGACAAGCAACUAACUUUGGCCCUCAAAUUUAGAAAUGGAGAAGAGGUAGGUGGUUUUUGCUUGAUUUAUUUGGCUCGUUGAUUAGUGAUGAUGGGUUGGGUUUCCUUGUCUUUGUUUAGUGGCUGACAUUUAUAAAAAACUGACCUGUAUACAGAUAGCAGUCUUUGUGACUCAGAUAACAGCACCCUUGCUCUGUAUACUCUACAUGAACUGCUUUAAUUUCUUAAACUGCACUAGUCUGAAGUUUUUGUGUCCUUUACAAGUGUUUUCAGCUGUUUUCUUCAGUGUCCAACAGUUGCAUAUUCUCAGGGAUAUUACUUAGCCAUGGCAAAAUAAGAGUAAUCACAGCCUUACCCUAGGAGAGUCAGACUGCUUUUUGAGCUGGGUAUAGAACUCUGAUACAGCUCAUGACACAGACAAAGCCUGUCCAGCGCACAUCCUUGCUGAGACAUGGUAAAUCCCAAAGCAAUCUGAAAAAAAAGUGCUAUCUAGUGCUGUAUAAUGGCUGUCAGCAUAUUUUAGUAGAGAUCCUACACACAUCUUUGUAAUACAGUGCUGUUGGCAUUAGAGCAGAGCUCCUAAGUGGUUUCAGUCGAGUUCUGCGUGGCACUGGCAGGCUUUUAUUUAUUGUAUUUAUUACGUAUUUCUUUUUAAAGCAAACUGUGUUUUGGAGCCCCCUCUGCUAUUUUAAGACACCGCACUCAGUUGCAUACUGAAGUUCUGUGACAUUACAGUUGUGGAGUCUGAAUUGCAUACUCAAGUGCUUUAUCGCUAAGGUCUCAUUGACACAUUUUGUCUUGAUACUGUUGUAAUAGGAGUCUCCCUUCAACAAAUCCGCUUAAAGCUAAGGACUGCAGACCACCGACAAGCCUUUUGUAAAGCAUCAUCAGGAUUUAGGUUGCAGUCAUUUGCUUUAAAAAUGUAUCACAGAUUGAACAUUGUCACUUGCUCGGCUGCCCACAUAGAAGUAUGCCCAAAAUGUGCUCCAGUUGUUUGUGAUGUGCUUUGGCAAAGAGACAUGGCCUAUAGAGAAUGGUAUUACCUGUGUGCUUAUACUGGAGCCUCUCACCAUCUCUUUUUAUCAUUGAUUCAGCUUUUGUGAAAAGCUUUAAAGACCCCUAAAUUUUAGAUACCAAAAAAGAUCAUUAGCACACUCCCACCUUUCUAUCUUUCCUCUUCCCCACUUGUUUCCCACUCCUUCCCUUCCUCCCAUUUGUCACCUUCUUUGUUGUCAGAGCUGUUGCCGUCCAGCCAAAGCAUCUCCAUAGCAGUGUGAAGUAGGAGGUUUUAUAAGUUGUUAAAUGGGAAACUGAAAAGCAGAUCUGAGUUUUGUGGCAAGGACAGAGUUGGAUGGAGAAUGUGCUGCUUUUCUUUGAAGCUUUGCCCUGGUUUGAGAUACUCUGCUAGGACAACCAUGCCGAUUUCAUUGAUUGAAUUUAAAUCAGGACAUUUCAAAAUUGGCAGCUCUACCUCUUAGGAGUGAAAGCAUGGGGUUUUGUACUUUUAAUGGGCUUAUUUCUCCUCUCUUUGUGUGCAUAGUACCGAUAACAAAACAGAGAGGAGGGGGGAACUCAUGACUGAAUUCCUACCUUUUUGCUGCCUUCAGUAACCCCUUUGUGAGCAAACCCUGCACACUUUGAUGUCCUGCAUGCUCUGGUAUGAAAUCACCCAUGUGCAGUGGGGAGACCAGAGCACGCACUCUGCAAACCCAUUCAGGAGCUCAUCCUACUCAGUUCACACAAGGAUUUAAGCACUUGCUUUGAAGUUUGAGCACAGGCAUAUGUUUCACUGACAGACUUCUUACAUUGGCACGCAUUUCUUCAAAAUGUGGCCUUUCACUGGCAUUUGUUAAUAUCCCUUUCUUGGUAUAGUAUUCUGUGUGUGUGCACCCCCAUACUCUGGAUGUCUAAAGACUUUUUUUUAACUUUGUAUUGAGAAGGAAUCAGGAUAUGGAAACAAGGAAGUUUCACAUUUGUUUACUUUAUUGUGCACUGCAGCUUUUAGGGAUCCCGAAUAUAUUAUUUGAUUCCUUCACUUAAAGCCACCUUGAAAGUUGGUGAUUUUUGUCUACUUGAAACAAAACAAACGAAUUGCAUUCUGGAAUAUGGUGACUGAACUGAAAACCAAAGCAGCUUGCUUUUGUGGUUUCCAUUUCUAUUUUCUUGCAUCUUUCAAUCCAGUUUUGGGCAUUCAUUUUAUUAAUGAUAAGCUGAGCUUACAGUGAGCCUUAUUGAGAUAUAAGAUGAAGAGAAGGUAUAUUGCCUCACAGUUUAAUUCUAAGGGCUUGUUCAUGCCCCAGAAAUCACCUCCACCAGCGUAAGCAUUGCACAGAUUGUGCUGUCAUAAGCAGUUCAAUCUUGAAAUUUUGGAGUUUCCAAUCUGCGUCAUCUCUCACAUGAUACAGCAUCUGGUUUUUGUUUUUUUUUGUUUUUUUGAGUAUUGUUAAGACUUCUGCCAGACUUUUUUAUUAUUUCAUUGUAAUAAACUUAUUUUAAAUAAGCAUGUUUUAAAAUCUCA